CAUCAUCAUCACGCUGCUCUUUAUUUAAGCUCCUCCCCAAACACAAAAAGCUGCAAAUGGACUGGUCCACAGAGAGAGAGAGAGAGACAGAGAGAGAGAGAAGCGCAGGUUGCCGUUAUCUCACACACACACACACACACACACACACACUUACACAGCGCGUGUGACGGGUCUACCGACUGUCGAUUCUUCUCGAUGUUUCUGACAAACACCGGUAACAGAUGCUGAUCCGGACAAGAGGACGUUGAAAAAAACGCUUUCAGAAAUGAUCCCUGAUUCUUUUUGAGAGGUACGGACCAAUCAGAAGUCAGGAUGAUGCCCAAGGUAAAUGAAAUGAACAGCCGGCCCAGACGUCUCCAGGGAGUGUGUUGUCACUGAAAGGGUCAAAUGUCCCAGGUCACCCUGCGGCCAUCGUGGCCAGAGUGGAGAAUGAGGUUAUCGGAUACAAAGACUUGGCAGCCCUGCCCAAAGACAAAGCCAUCCUGGACAUAGAGAGACCGGACCUGAUGAUCUACCAGCCGCACUACUGCUACAGUCCACUAGAGAGGUCCUUGUCUCCUCGUUCCAUCUCCCCUCCUGCCUCCCCAGAGAACAUGUCCAAGGAGUGGCUGGAAGCCCAUUCCCCUGGUUGUUCCUCACCUGGUUCCUCCGCCCAGACCAGCAGAACACACAGUGCGCACACGCCGUCGACGCCGCAAACUCCGACCACGACCAUCCCGUUGAUCACGCACUCCACCAGUACCAAGAGCGCCAUGCAGCACUUCCACAGACCAGGUGAACACAAAAAUGGAUCCAACAUUUAUAAGAAGCCUCCGAUUUACAGAAAAGGUGUCUCGCCCUCUGCUGUCCCUCAGGGGAAACACAUCGAGGACUUGAUCAUAGAAUCCUCAAAAUUCCCAGCCGCCCAGCCCCCCGACCCAAACCUGCCCUCCAAGAUAGAGACGGAGUACUGGCCGUGCCCCCCCUCUCUGGCUGUGAUGGAGAAGGAGUGGAAGAAGAAAGAGCAGAGGAAUGAAGACGAGGGGGAGGACGGGGAGAUGGGGGACGAGCUGUGGGCUCUCAGAACUCUCCAGAAACAGGAACUCAACAAGAUUCAGUCCAAUCUGGGGAAAAUCAUCCUGAAGGAGGAGUUGGACAAAUCCGCGGCUCCUCUGAGGAGGAAAACGCGCUCGCUGCCCGACCGCAGUCAGAACACCGGGUCCCGGGCCUCCAGGUCUGUGUGUUUCCCCGUCUCCCUCAGGCCGUCAGACUUCAGCUCCAAUAACAGAAUCUCCACAGGUCUCCAGAACGGCGCCUCCAGGAUCGACAGAGGAAACUCUCUGCCCAGUAUGUUGGACCACAAGAUUUAUCCCUACGAGACGCUUGUGGUGACCCACAGAGGGCGCAGUCAUCUGCCCCCUGGUGUUGACAGAACCCAGCUGGAGAGAUACCUGUCUCAGGAGGAGUUCUUCAGCCUUUUCGGGAUGUCCAUGGAGGAGUUCGACGGCCUCUCCCUCUGGAAGAGGAAUGACCUGAAGAGGAAGGUCUGUCUCUUCUGAAUCCACGGACUCCCCCGCCACGCCCCCCAAUGGUCCCUGACAGAAAGUUGAAACCACAGACUCUGAACAGUAUUACGAAAAUCACAGACAUCACCUUCAUCCUCAUCGUCAGUGCGUGCAGCAGGCCGCGGCAAAUACGACGGUUUUGCCGACAUCCGUUCUCCGGGGGUUUGAGCUUCACUUUCUGACAUCGGAGGUUUUUUAUUCAGGGAAAAUCAGGAACCAGUUCGGAACCCUCCGAAGUCACCGACGAUGAACCGCAAAAAUAUCAUUUUCUACAGACGUCGCUCUGCCACAGACAGCGUUCGGACUGUUCCGACAACAGCUGUCAAUCGCAAACGGAUCACGUGAUGUUCAGGCGUCAGUUAUCGUAACGUCACGCGACGUGAGUUAAAGCUGCUGUCAGUCACAGAUGGUCUGCAGUGAUUGAUUUCUCUCCCGCUAGAAGCUAGCUAAGGCCUAGCCGCUCAGGAUUAGCCGCACUGCCAGAAUUCUAGUUUUUGUUUCUUUUUUGUUUGUUUCCUGACAGCAGCUUUAACGAGUGGUUCUCAAAAUAUUUACAUUUCCGAUCAUCUCGGGAAGUACAUGUAUACAUGUACAUAUAUAUGUAUAUACGUGUAUACAUAUAUGUAUACAUAUAUACAUAUAUAACAGCCCUAUUUUAAAACUAAGUGAAUCACCUAAUCUUAAUUGGAAUCAAAUGUCCUUAAGUUACCACUAGUGGGAGCCCACGUACCACCAGUGUUACAUGUACCAUAGAUUGAGAACCGCUGAAAAAAAAUUCAAACAAACUUGACAGAAAGACAUCACAUGACAUCAUAAAUGGAGCAUGAGGUCACGUGAUUGUGCUCGGUCCAAUCAGUAGUCUGGAAACAUUUAGCAUCCAUUAGCGGUUUAUUAGCGACCAAAUAAUAAUAGCUAUUUUUUACACGCAGUUGUCGCUAAACCUCCGACAACAACCAAAACACGACACGAAGAAUGAUAGGAAAUCAGCGAUUUAAAAAACGAACGGGAUGAAUGUCUUUGUCGUUACCCCACGUGCACACACUCAGGUGCACUCUUUUAUCUGUCAUCGCUGUUGUGUUUGUUUUCCGUUGGUAAACGAUUGUUCACCAACAUCGAGCUAGCGGCGGGGAACGGCGUGAAGGCGUGAGCUCAUGUGACGGAGAACCUGUACCAGUGGAACGCCUCACACCUGGUACCACAGACCAGCUGGGUUAACACCUCGUCUCAUUGGCCAAUGGGAGGACGGGGACACUGAAAGGUCCAUUCGUGCCUAAUAUGGUGUUUUUCAUCAGUCAAAAAGUUCUCAGACGGAUGUCAAGUUUUCUGACGUUUAUCACUGAAAGUGGUUUCGAUUUGCGACCAUGUGUCGAGAAUUCCAAAAAGUAGGAAUUGUCCGACGUAAGCACGGCUGGAGAAGGGUUUGGAUUUAAAUUGAGGAUAUGUUAAAAAAAAAAAAAAAAAAUUAUUUUCGUGACUAAAGAUUUGAACUUUUUCACUUUCCAUCGUAAUCGGUGCAUGUGCUGUGGUGCAGUGGAGGCCGACAGUGACGGACAGUGUCGGUGAACACAGUCGAAGGAUUCAGAGUGAUGUGAGACGACGUGCGUGAUGCAAAGUUGCAAAGAUUUUUUUCUUUUUUUGUCAUUCUGGUGAUGGGUGUUGGAUGAAUGUGUGUCAGCAGAGGGCAGCACAGGAAGUGAAACGGGAGAAGAAGAAGAAAGUUACUUCUGAACAUUGAAUACUGAAUACAAAAUAUAUAUCGAAGUAGCGACGCAGUUUUAAACACAUCGUGAUAAUGUUUAUAUCAAUCGUAACCAUCGUUAUGGUUCUUUCGUUAAGUCCGCGGAAAGCUAGUGGUCGGGUUGCGAAGUGUGAAAAAGACUAAAAAUUGAGCGAUGAUCUAAAAGAGAGGCGAAUAUGUGCGAAAAACCAUGUAGAGCAGCAUAGGUAACAUGGGGAUUUUCCAAGGGCGCCAUCUGCUGGAGGGGGCAAUACUGUAACCCUUCUAAACCAAAAAAAAAAAGUGUGGUGGUGCAAAGCCAAGGGCCAACCCAUAAUCUCAUCUACAUAUGGUCACCAAAUGGCCAUAUAGCAUGUGUUGCGGAGGAUGUUAAAGCUGAGGGUCGAGACCCUCGCUGGUACGUACAGAUCUGAAUUGAAGGAUCAGUACCGACAUUGAUGAGUACUCAUAUCGACUGAUAUUCUAAUGCCACAUGAGCUCACGCUCAAUGCCACGUCUGCCCCUCGCUUCCCCCGCCCUUCCCCCGUCUGCCCCCCCGUGCUUCCUGUCUUUCUAACCAGCGAUUUUCCUUUUGAAGUGAAUGCACAUCGGCCACUUUACGUUGAGACAAUUUUUUUUUAAUUAUUAUUACGUCUGACACUGUUUAAGAGGGAAACACCCUGCUCAAUUCUGAUUGGUCAUUGAUUUGAUUAGAGUCAGGAAGUGGCUUUGCUGUGACUUACACCAUGAUGACGCCAAGAUUGUCCCUUUUGUUGUUGUUGUUGAUUUUUUUUUCUUUUUUAAAUUGUAUUUAUUGAAUUAUAUCUUUAUUAUUAUUAUGAUUAUUAUGAUUAUUAUUAUUAUUAUUAUUAUUAUGACUAUUAUAGUUGUCAGAUGAGAGGCAGGUGAUGUAACAAAUGACUGCUGAUGUGAAUGAUUAACCAUGACUACAAUAAAGACCAUUUGUCUUUGGCUUUGA